AUGCUCCUCUUCGUCCCUCGCCCUCUGCUCCUUCCCUUCCCUCUUCCUCCUCCCACCGCCGCCUCACUCCGUCGCGCCCGCAGCCGCCCUUGUUCCUUUAAAGCUUCCUCAUCCAUGGGCGGAGUCGAGGGUGACGGCCGCCACCAGGUGAAGCCUCCGCAGGUCGCCGACGGCGGCGCCGGCGAGGAGGAGGAAUUCCGGCUGGUCGGCUACUCGAAGUUCGUCCGGAAGAACCCCCGCAGCGAUAGGUUUUCGGUGAGGGGUUUCCACCACGUCGAGUUCUGGUGCGCCGACGCCACCAACGUCUCCCGCCGCUUCUCCUUCGGCCUCGGCAUGGCGAUCGCCGCCCGAUCUGAUCUCUCCACCGGCAACCCCGUCCACGCGUCCUAUCUUCUCCAGUCCGGGGACCUCCGCUUCCUCUUCUCCGCUCCCUACUCCUCUUCCCCCGCUGCCAUCGCCACUGUGCUCCCAGAUCGCGAGGGGUUCGCAGAGGCGGCGGCAGCGGCGGCGGCGGCUAUCCCUUCCUUCGAUUCCGCCGCCUGCCGGCGGUUCUCCAAUGCACACGGCCUCGGUGUUCGUGCGGUAGCGCUGCUCGUCGACGAUGCGGCCUCGGCCUUCGCUAUCAGCGUCGCCAAUGGCGCUCGCCCCUCCUUCCCCCCUGCGGCCCUCGGCGGCGGAGCAGCGGCGAUCGCCGAGGUUGAGCUCUACGGAGACGUCGUGCUUCGCUACAUCAGCGUCUCCGCCGCCACCGGAUCGAGGCCGUGGUCGUUCCUCCCGGGGUUCGAGGACACUUCUCCGCCAUCCCCCGCUCUGGACUACGGCAUCAAGCGUCUGGACCAUGCCGUCGGCAACGUGCCGGAGCUGGCACCGGCAGCGGCGUACAUCCGGAGGUUUACCGGCUUCCACGAGUUUGCUGAGUUCACGGCGGAGGACGUCGGCACCGUAGAGAGCGGCCUCAACUCCGUCGUCCUCGCCAGCAACGACGAGAACGUCUUGCUCCCGCUGAACGAGCCUAUCCAUGGCACCAAGCGGCGAAGCCAGAUCCAGACCUUCCUCGACCACAACGAGGGCCCUGGUCUCCAGCACCUGGCGCUCUCCAGCGGCGACGUGCUGGCGACGCUGCGGAAGAUGCGCGCCGCAGCCGCCUGCGGAGGAGGAUUCGAGUUCAUGCCGCCGCCGCCGGCCACCUACUACCGCAACCUGCGGCGGCGGGCGGCGGACGUCCUCACGGAGGAGCAGAUGGCGGCCUGCGAGGAGCUCGGAGUUCUUGUAGACCGGGAUGAUCAGGGGGUUCUGCUCCAGAUCUUCACCAAGCCCGUCGGAGACCGGUGAGUAGUUUAACUGAGGGAAGAUCGAGCCUCCCCCAUCUCCCUCCUCCGAUCUUACUCUCUGAUUGAUGAUCCCGCAGGCCGACGAUCUUCCUGGAGAUCAUCCAGCGGAUUGGGUGCAUGGUGAAGGAGGAGGGGAGGAAGGAGUACCAGAAAGGAGGCUGCGGCGGAUUUGGGAAGGGCAACUUCUCUGAGCUCUUCAAGUCGAUCGAGGAGUACGAGAAGUCCCUGGAGGCGAAGCAGGCGGCGAUUCCAGCCGCAGCUGGAUCUUCCGCUUGA